UCACAGCAACAGCAUCAAGAAGAAGUGAGUCCAGAUGACAGCGUAUCAGCGGUUGCUACACCGGCGGAGGAUGAAUCUGUGUUCCAUGUGGCACAAAGCACAGCAACUGUCCGUUCUUCGAGACUGUCCAGAUCUUCUAGAUCGUCCAGGUCAUCAGGAUCUUCAAGAUUUUCCAUUUCAUCUAUACCUCAGGGAGAAAGAGCACAAAAUGCCGCCCUACUUGCAUGAGCAGAAUCACCAGAAAACUGUAAAGGCUCCUCUCGUCAAGUCGUUAGUGCCUUUCAGAAGCCAUGUAUAUUCUGUGAAAAACAACAUACAUUGGCAGAAUGUCAGAAACCAGCCCUCUAAAGGAAUAAUAAAGUUUGUUGAAGGAAAAGGACUGUGUUCUUCAUGUUUGACUCAAGGUCACUUGAGCAAAGAUUGUAAAAAGAGAGCUUUGUGUGAAGACUGUUCUAAGAAACAUCCAAGUAUGCUUCAUGUCACAAGAGAAGAGGAUAAUGAAGUUGUUAAGAGCAGUGAGAAAAGCACCACAGAAAACAUGACAGGUUGUGAAACGACACACAACUCUAGUGGACCUUGUUGUGCUACCAGGGCUGGAAAAGACAGUUGUGUCUUGGCAACUGUGCCUGUGUGUGUCACAGUAAAGGAAAGCAAAAGGGUGAUAGAGACUUAUACAUUCAUGGAUAACGGAAGUCAAGCCACUCUCUGUACUGAAAAGUUAAUGAGACAGCUUGGCAUUGAACGCAAGAAAACUCAAAUAUUGCUUCGAUCAAUGGGCCAGAAAAAGUUAGAGCCAAGCUACAGUCUUUCAGGUCUAGAGAUUUGUGGUUUGAAAGAGAACAUGUACAUUGACUUACCUGAGAUUUAUACUCAUGAAGACAUUCCUGUGUCCAAAGAGAACAUUCCUGUGCAGGAAGAUUUGAAAGAGUGGCCACACCUUCAUGGUAUCGAGCUGCCACAAAUAAAGGUAGAUGUAGGACUGUUGAUAGGCUGUGAUGGUUACAAGGCCAUGGAACCAUGGGAAAUCAUCCACAGUGCGGACGAUGGUCCAUACACAGUUCGAACAAUCCUCGGUUGGGUCAUUAAUGGCUCCGGACUGGCUGUGAAGACAGUGACUACACUUCAAGACUACAUCAUAUGUUAGUGUGACGCCUAUAGAUAUUUUCAAGGAGUCC